AUGUCUUGGCAAAAGCAAGGGACAACCAUAGAAGCAGGAAAAAUCUUAGCAAUGAGAUCGGGUUCAACCCGUACGGAAAUGGCAUUGUCCAGUAACUGGAAAAUUCUCAAUAAAGAGUUGGGGAAAUUGAGAGAUGUCUUGGCAAAAGCAAGGGACAACCAUAGAAGCAGGAAAAAUCUUAGCAAUGAGAUUAUGCAAGCACAAAUGUGGUUUGGUGCUAUUGGGCAAGGCAAAAAAACUUUCAACCAUGACCAAUGUUGGGAAGUGGUGAAGAAUUGUUCAAGAUUCCGAAUUAUUCCAACGGGUCCGACCGUUGUGUUGAACGAGACGCCACUCCACGAUUCAUUGGCAUCGGAUUCGCCUAUGGAUUCCCCAAUGAGUCAAGACUCACCCAUCCAAAAGGAGCCAAGGCCUAUUGGGAGAAAUGCGGCGAAGGUGAAGAGAGGGAGUAAUUCUGGUAGUAAUACAUCUAAAUUUUUGGAGAAAAUUGCAAGGUAA